AUGGACAUCCUGAUUUGUGAUGAUGAACCGCUUGCAGUGGAACGCUUAUCACGAUUGGUGUCGCAACUUGGGCAUCAGGUUAUUGCAACAGCGCAACAUGGUCAACAGGCAUUGGAAAUGGUUCAGCAGUUCGAGCCAGAUGUAGUGUUGCUUGAUAUUCAAAUGCCAGAAAUGGAUGGUUUAAGCUGUGCGCAGCAUUUAGCACAUUUUAAUCCGACGCCAGCAAUCGUAUUUUGUACGGCAUUUGAUGAACAUGCUUUGCAAGCCAUUCAAUCUCAAGCAAAAGGAUAUUUAUUAAAACCAAUUGCCAAGGAUGAUUUGGAAACGGUUUUGGAGAGUGUCACUAAACUGACUCAAGCUCAAUUAACUCACUUAGAAAAAAAAGAACUCAUGGAAGAAAAAGUGCAAAGACAGCAAAUUGCUGCAAAAACCUAUCGAGAUCAAAAAUAUGUCACCGUGCGUCAUAAAAAUGGCAGUGUGCUUAUUGAUGAAACGCUCAAAGAUUUAGAAACAGAGUUCGCAGAUCGAUUUAUUCGUAUUCAUCGUAAUGCUUUAAUUUCUCUAGAUUAUUUAGAUGGAUUGGAAAUGGUAUCCUCUGGGCAGUAUCAGGUACGAUGCCGUGAGUUAGACGAGCGUUUGGCAGUCAGUCGUCGUCACUUACCGUUACUGCGCGAACGGAUGCAGAAUUUAUAG